UGUUACUGUGGUGGCAAGCCAUUGGACGACGUGAAUUUUCAGUGUUUCGAUUUAGAUCCGACAGAUUUCGUGGUAGACGAUGACCUUCUAGCGCAAGCUAAAAAUUUGGGAUUUUCCGAAGCAGACGCUAGAGCUGCGCUGGAAAUGACGAGGAACGACCUUGAAGCGGCUUUGCCCAACAUUUGUUUUCCAAAGCGGACGAGCUUUCGCAUGCAAUGGAGCAGUGAUUUCUGCGUCUUUCAUCUAAUUGUAAUGUUGUAUGCAAUUAUAAUAACACUGUAUUUACGCGGCGGUUUUGUAACAAACAGCAAGCCUUAA